AUGGGAAAAGGCACUAAGCGUUCUGCUAAGGCCGUCAAAUCCGGCGACUCGAAGAAAGUCAAGCUCCUGCCUCAACCUCUUCCUGAAAGCGAUCUGGGUGCUUCUGAGAAUGAGGCUACCUUCUACCAAUCUGCAGAGGAGGGUGAGGACGAUUCAGAUGACAAUUCCAGCUCUGAUAUUGAACUGAGCAUGGAUGAAGAUGAUAAGGAGGAAGAGGACGAUUUGGAUGAACUUGACGAGCUCGAUGAGCUCGAUGACGAUGAUGUCAAGGCUGCUAAGGAAGAUGAUUCAGACGAAGAGGAGUCUGAGAAGGCUGCAGACCCUAACAAGAAGACAUCUGCUGAACAGCAUGCUGAGCAAAGAAAGUUGCUUUCUGAAAGAAAACUCAAGAGAAAGUCUGGUACUGAGGUUGAAAGAAUCAAGGCUUUGUGGGAGAAAUUGCGUGUCAAGAAGCCUACUCCACCUAAGCAGGUCAGAGACAAGUUGUGUGAUGAGAUCUGGGAAUUGGCUCACGAUGUCAUCUAUGACUUGGUCUUGAAGCACGAUGCUUCUCGUGUUGUGCAGACCUUGGUUAAGUACUCUUCCAAGGAAAGAAGAGAUUUGAUCGUCAAGGCUCUUCAGGGCCAGUACUACCAGUUGGCUACUUCCUCCUACGGUAAGUACCUCUUGGUCAAGCUUUUGCAUUAUGGUUCGAAGGAGUCCAGAGGUCUUAUUGUCAACGAGCUUCACGGUAAGUUGCGUAAGCUUAUGAGACACAAGGAAGGUGCUUAUGUGGUGGAGGAUUUGUUCGUCCUUUAUUCUACUGCUGAGCAAAAGAAGCAGAUCAUUCGUGAGUUCUGGGGUGCUGAGUACGCUGUCUUUAAGGAUUCUGGUAAGGGUAAAACUGUGUUGGACGUUGUCAACGAAUCUUCUGAGAAGAGACAGUUGAUCACCACCAACUUGAGUGGUACUAUUGUCGCCUCUAUUGAGAAGGGUUCCACUGGUUUCCAGAUCUUGCAUGCUGCCAUGAAGGAGUACGUUUCUAUCUUGGUUGCCGACCCAGAGAAGAACGAGUCCCAGAUCAGAGAGUUCAUCGAACUGCUUGCUGAACAGUUCGCUGAGUUGGUCCACACUGAGGAAGGUUCUGAGGUUGCAUGUCUGCUUCUUGCACUUGCCAAUGCUAAGGAGAGAAAGGUUAUUAUCAAGUCGCUUAAGAACCACGGCAAAGAAUUGAUUAAGAACGAACACGGAAACUCGGUCUUGAUUGCUUUGUUCAUGACUGUUGAUGAUACCGUUUUGCUCCACAAAUCUUUCAGUGCAGAGCUUUUCACUGCCGACAUCUUGCCAGAGCUUAUUCAAGAAAAAUUCUCCAGAAGACCUUUGCUUUACUUGCUUAAAGGCUUGGAUGGAAAGUACUUUGCUCCAAAGAUUAAGGAUGCUUUCUUGAAAUACGAAAAACUUGCAUACGCUAAAACCACCAAGAAGCCUCAGGACCAAAGAAGAGCAGAAUUACAGCUGAAGGCCUUGCCUGUUAUUUACAAGGCCUUGUCUUCCACUUUGUCGCCUGACUUUGAGCCAACAUUCAGCAAGCUUUUGUCUAACAACAUGGCUGCUCAAUUCAUCACCGAGCUUCUUCUUACUCCUUCAGAUGAUGAGGGUGUGAACGCCUCCAGAGCUGAACUCAUUGACGCUAUUUUCGAUAUCACUUUCAACACUGACAUUUUGGAAGACCACCACUUGCUUAAUAAGACUCCAUUCUUCUCAAGAUCACUUAAGGCCUUGAUUCAUGGAGAUGAAUUCAAAUUUGACAAUGAGAGCAAGAAGCUUGUCGUUGCAUCGGAGCCACAGCUUCCAAACCUUGGUUCUGAGUUUGCCGCUAGAUGUGCAAAGGAGUUCUUAAAGGACAAUGCGUUGAGCAAUUGGGUUUCUGGACAAGGUGCCUUCGUUGUUCUUGCAGUUUAUGAAGCCUUGUCGCUUAAGGACGAGAAGGAAGCUAAGAGCCUCGUGAAAGCAUUGAAGAAGUUGAAGGGAGACUUGAAGAAGGAUAAGGAUAACAAAGGAGCCCAGUUGUUGGUCAAGCUUUUGUAA